GCCCGAUGUGGACAUGACAUCUCACGCUUGGGCUAGAUGUGGCUACUCCGUAGAGAUGCUUUAUGCACCACAAUUUGAAAUGAAAGAAACCUGAUUAAUGCCCGAAAUAAGUUGGCUCCCGGUUAGAAAUACGCGGUUCCCGAUGCAAUCCGGUUCUUGGUAAUGUGAACCAUAAAAGAAGAGUCUCAUCCGACUUGAAAUAUAUCAACCACACGCUUCUCACUUCUCACUCCGCAAACAGACACGCAACAGCCGCGACGACUUCUCCGUUCCCUAACAAGAGAUCAGAUAGCGCCAUAAGCAUGUCUUCAGGAGCCCCCACCCAAGAAGCCACCAACAACACCCCCGACUCCCCUAACCCGCGCCCCAAGCCCUCCAAGCUCGGUCAAAACAAGAACAACCAGCAACUCCAGAAGCAGCAAGCGCCUGUCUCCGACGACGAGGACGACCUGGAGGACAAACCGGAGCUGGCGCCCAAGCGGGCUGGCGGGCGCCGCAUGGUUCCCGUGCACCAGUCGCGCAUUGCGGACCGCCCUGCUAAAGUCGGCGAGAAGGACAGUUCGCUGAAGAUCAAGAUCGAGCUGGAUCUGGAAGUCGAGGUAGAGAUCUACGCAAGAGUCAAGGGUGAUGUGACGAUAGGGCUGAUGUAG